GAUAGCAAUGUUAUGUGACCUUGUAAGUUAUGUUGGUGGGUUGUAACCUAGGUUUUUGUGUCAAUCAACGGUUGUUAAUAUAAUAGGCCAACAACAUUUUUGUAAAUAUAGAAGUCUAAAAUGAUGGAUACCACUCAUCACGUGAGAACUAGAGUUCAACAUUAGCAACUUUAGAAGCAUAUGUAGGUCCAGAAACAUUUGGAACAAUGCCCAUAUCUGGUGAUACACGACAGGCUCUGAAAUUGCUUGAGAGAGUCCAGCAACAACUCCAAGAUUCAGAUGAGGCCAGUCUCAAUACUACUGUAGGCGAGGAUCUUAAUACAUUGAUCAAUGUAUUAGAAAAUCCUGUCUUCAGCAGCAUUCUUACCAUCCAGGACUCACUCCAGGAGCUUAAAAAUCAGUUACAUCAACACCCAUCCAUUCUUCCAGGGGAUUUUGAUAUCUCCACAUCUACUGGAGAAUUGAUCUUGAAUGUAUCUCCUGAUCCUUCACCCUUACACAAUUCAGACUCUUAUGAUUUGAAUUCUGAUCUAGAACAGAACUAUGAAUUUGAUCAGGUUCCUAUAGAAAAGGUGCUAGCAACAGGAAAUGGAGAUUACCAAGACACAACACCUGAGCUGGAUCAACCACAACUGGUUCCUCCUGAUUACACACUGUCUUCCAUUGCUACAGACAGCUAUGCAGAAGAGUUUCAAAAAACUAUUUCUCAAGGUGCUCAAGGUAGAGAGGUUCUCACUAUUCAGCUAUAUAAACCUGAAGGCAGUAGCUUGGGUUUCAGUGUUGUGGGAUUGCGUAGUGAACAAAGAAAAGAAUUGGGUAUUUUUAUCCAAGAGAUCCAGAACACAGGAAUUGCUGGAAGGAUAGAAAGAGAUGGACGCCUUCAAGUGGGGGAUCAGAUCCUGGCCAUUGAUGGUCAGCCUUUGGACAGCAACAUUUCUCAUCAGCAAGCCAUAAGUAUUUUGCAACAAGCUCGAGGAUUGGUGGAGCUUGUUGUUGCACGGGGUGGAAUCCCAGAAAGUGAUCAACUUAAAGAGGUGACUCUUGAACGAUCACCUUCAGGUGUGAGUGACAGCUCCAAAGGCUCUGACAUGGUGGUAGGUCUAAACACAGAAUGGGCUCAGGUGGAAUCUAUCAAUUUGGUGAAUGAUGGGUCGGGUCUAGGAUUUGGAAUUGUCGGAGGUCGUAACACAGGUGUUGUUGUGAAGACCAUUCUUCCUGGAGGUGUGGCAGAUCGGGAUAAAAGACUUCAGAGUGGUGAUCAUAUCCUUCAAAUUGGAGACGUUAAUCUUAGAGGGAUGAGGUCAGAACAGGUAGCUUCAGUGUUAAGACAGGCCGGGAGUAGAGUUCGAUUGAUUGUUGCUCGACCUGUAGAUCUGUCAUUUGUUGACUACAAAACACUCAGCCAAAGUGCUCCCAUUGUCCCAACUCACAUUCUCUCUGAUCCCGAUGAAGUAGACCACCAGUUGGCACUCUUUCAACAAAAUCAGAAAGGCUAUAUAGAAGAUAUACCCUACGAUGAUGAUGAUUUUGCACCAAAUGGAACUAUAUACUUAGAUAGAACUUUGGCUCAACCAGAACAAGAUAUAGCCUAUUUAGACCAACAGGAAAGAGAAGAGAAAACUCAAUCACCAAGGGAGGAACUUGAUGAUGAGGAUAUGGAAAAUCUUCCAGAAAUGGAAACUUUUGAAGUGGAAUUAACAAAAGAUCAACAAGGGCUAGGAGUAACUAUUGCAGGCUAUGUGUGUGAAAAAGAAGAGUUAUCUGGAAUAUUUGUGAAAAGUAUUGCCAAAGGGAGUGCUGCUGAUAUAAGCAAGCAGAUCCUAGUCAAUGACCAGAUUAUUGAGGUUGAUGGACGUCCCCUUCAUGGCUACACUAAUCACCAGGCUGUUGAAGUGUUACGCAACACAGGAAAAGUGGUGAAGCUUAGACUGGCUCGCUACCUACGAGGUGCUAAGUAUGAAGAAAUACAGCAGGCUGUGGCUAGUGGAGAACUUAGUACCCCUGUGCCUCCCCCAGCUCCUGUCAUUACACAAUACACAAAUUCCUCACCUUAUGAAGUAAUUAAUGCUGUAAAUUCAGAAGUAAAUAUAGAUGACAUCAGUAUCCUUAUCAAUGAUGACUACACUGGAUCUUUGGAUGCAAGCACCGAAGCAGUUAUUAAAGCCAAAUGGAAUAAAAUAAUGGGUCCUGGUUUUGAUAUUGUGGUUGCUCAGUUGUCAAAGUUUCAUCCUGGGGGUGGUCUAGGAAUCAGCUUGGAGGGGACUGUUGAUGUUGAAGAAGGAAAAGAGAUCAGACCACAUCAUUAUAUACGUUCUAUUCUCAGUGAUGGCCCUGUUGGCUUGAAUGGAAAACUUCAGAGUGGCGAUGAGCUUUUAGAAGUGAAUGGUCAGAAACUUCUGGGACUUAGUUAUGUUCAAGUGGUGGCUAUAUUAAAAGAGCUUCCAGUUCAUGUCCGUAUGGUCUGUGCUAGAUGCCUUCCUUCUGAAACAGAUGAUAUUUUGCCUCUGUCCACCAGUGUUAGUGAUCCUUUGGUCCUUCAGGUCAAUGCAUUAAAUCGAGAUUACACAGAAGCCAUGACCUCAAGUAUGACGAUGGACUCUCCGUCCCAGCAUCUGAGUGGUAGCCUCACUUCAUUGACUCCACUGUCUGAGAGACUAGUCAAAGCUAAAUCUGAUGGAUCAUUAGCCGUUGGUGCUUCUACAGCUUCAGCAAUCACACUAGAAUCAUCAUUUAGCAAAGUCCGGUCAAGAUCACUGGAGCCACUCACUGGGUUGGCCAUGUGGACCAGUGAACCUCAAAUUAUAGAGCUGGUUAAGGGAGAUCGAGGAUUGGGCUUCAGUAUCUUGGACUAUCAGGAUCCUAUGAAUCCAAAUGAGACUGUGAUUGUAAUCCGUAGUUUAGUCCCAGGAGGUGUGGCUCAGCAAGAUGGGAGACUCAUUCCUGGUGAUCGUUUGUUGAGUGUCAACGAUAUAAACUUAGAGAAUGCUAGUCUGGACACAGCUGUGCAAGCCCUGAAAGGAGCACCCAAGGGAGUAGUGCGCAUUAGCGUUGCCAAGCCCCUCCCCCUGCCCGAGAGCAGCCAGGGAAACCAGGAGGGUUUCGACGAAUCAGGCAGAGUUAUAGAUCAUCCUCGAAAAGCAUCACUAGAUCUUCCUUUUCUUUCGUCUCAUGAGAUGCUUGGCUCUUCUGAUCAGCCAUCAUCACUCCCUUCAACAUUGCCAUCAACUGUGGAAAGAAGGCAUGUUGUUUUAGAUCUGACAUCCACAUCACACAAGUUAAGAAACGUACUACCAGACGUUCUUCACUCAUCAGAAGAGAAAACCUUACCAUCAGAACCAUCUAGUGAGGAAAGUUGUCAAGCUUUUACUCCUCCUGAAAGCCCCAUCCUGUCGAAUGUAUAUACAUUGCCAUCAGCUCUAGAAAGAACUGCGCAUAUCAAGAAAGACAAUCUACCUUUUGGUUUAGGUAUUGAAGCAAUCGACAGCGGAAUAAACGGCAUGAUGGUUACGUCACUUUCGAAAGAUGGUGCUGUACACAGACAUAGUCAGAUUCAAGAAGGUGAUUUCCUUGUUGCUCUUAACAACAUUUCCUUGAGAAAUGCUGAUAUCUCAGAAGCUCGUGUAAUUUUGGAAAGGGCGUGGAAUGACAUAUCCACAGAAGUGACACUAUAUUACAUUCCCGCAACAGACGCUGCAGUCCACAGACAAACAGUGCUCAUGACAUUGCAACACCACGAGGAGUCUCCCACACAGGCCACGUCAUCAACAAGUUCUGCAGGGUUUGUCCAGUCAGGGCUUGUCCAUGAUGAUGAUUUAACUCCAGAAACAUUCCAGGAUUCAGAGACAUCCCUUGAGGAAAGCAAAUACUUUACAUCAUUUGAAUCGAUUCUCUCACGAACACCACCUAGCACCCCAACUCCGACACCAUCAUCCACUUCUGGUGAACCAACAGAGCAGGAAGAGGCCACUGUUAAACCUCCAGCAUCAGCAGAAAGUGAUCCUUCAUUGGAAUCACAGGAGUACCUUAUGAUGGAGUCCAAUUCCAUCGUUGAGACUGUGUCACCUUCCUUUGAAGAACGAAUGGCAUUUUUUAAAGCCAAAAGCUAUCCUGUAAAGCAUCAAGUGCCUUCUAAAAUCACAUUGAAAAAGUCUCCCACAUCUUCUUCAGUGAUUGAUGGUAUGCCAAGUCCAGUCUCAUCAGAAGAGAAAUACAGAACUCCAGAAACACCAGAACCCUCAACUGUGUCAAGUCCAAUUCCCCCAUCACCAGUAGGAUCUUCAGGCACUGUAAGUCCCACAAAUGUUAUCUCGCAUCAGUGGGGACCAGAAAGAACAGUGAACUUAAGGAGAGAGCCAGGUCGAGGAUUAGGAAUCAGUAUUGUUGGGGGAAAAGUGGAGAUGUUCCAUUUGUCACCUGGAAACACUAUUACUGGUAUAUUCAUUAAAAAUGUGCUUCCAGACAGCCCAGCUGGUAGAAAUGGGACCUUAAGACGAGGAGAUAGAAUAUUGGAGGUAGAUGGUAUAGACCUGAGGGAUUCUACACAUGACCAGGCUGUAGACAUCAUCAAAAAUGCCAAAGAUCCUGUUAAGUUUGUAGUGCAAAGUUUGCUCCCUCUGCCCAGAGAUUCUUCGUUUAACAUGAGACCUGAAGGAGAUAACGAAAGCCAGAUACUUCCAGCAUCUUCUUUUCCUUCUCAAAAUUCUCAGGAGGAAGAUUUGAUCUCCCAAGAAGAACGACGAGAAUCUCAAGUAUCAUUACAAGAACUAAUGAAAGUGCCUCCUCGUGAUGACUGGGGAAUGGCUCGUACUCCCUCUCCUGAAGUCAUUCAGUAUGGUCUAGAGGAUGAAGAAAGACAAGCACUUCAAACACAGUUAGAGAAUCUUGCAGCUGGAGUUUCUCCUCUUCCUACUGGUCCUCCACCACCUCCUCCUACUACAUCACCACCAGAUGAUGAAGAUGAAGAGUAUCUGUCUUCUGAAGAGGAAGAAGAUGAACGAGACUUACAGGGUAGAGUUUUCACCAAACAAGGAGUAGAGAUUGAAAGAGCCAGUGCUGGAAAUGUAAAGCUGACCCCUAAAGAAAAAGGGGAAGAUCCGGAGAAAGAAGACCAGUUCGGGUACACCACAAAAAAGAUUCACAAGAAGUACAGUGACUCUAAAGGAGAGCUAGUAGUGGUGGAACUACAGAAGGGCUCUCAUGGACUCGGGCUGAGUUUGGCUGGGAAUAAAGACCGGAGUAAGAUGAACGUAUUUAUCUGUGGUAUGAAUCCUCAGGGAAAUGCUGCAUGUGAUGGACGCAUCAAGGUUGGAGACGAACUUCUGGAAGUCAAUGGCUUAGUUAUGCAAGGAAAAUGUCACCUAAAUGUUUCAGCAAUCAUCAAGAAUCUAUCAGAACCAGUGUAUAAAAUUAUUUUGCUCAGGAGAGAGAAUGCAGUUGAAGAGAUGGCAGUCAAGCCUCUAGUACAUUAUCCUGUUGACUUGGAGGAGGAGACACCUGAACAGCAAUACUCCCAGUAUCGAGGAGUCAGAGUAGUCACUGUUAAAAAGGGUAAUCAAGGACUGGGAAUUAUGAUUAUUGAAGGUAAACAUGCUGAGGUUGGUCAAGGAAUCUUCAUCUCUGAUAUUCAAGAAAACAGUGUUGCAGAACAGGCUGGCCUUACAGUUGGCGAUAUGAUAUUGUCCGUAAAUCAGAGGGAGUUAGUAGGAGCAGAUUAUGACACUGCUGCUAGUAUACUGAAGCAAGCUGAAGGAACUAUUCAGUUGGUGGUAUCAAACCCAACUCGUCCCCAAUCUGUUGCUGCCAUAAUAGAUGAGGAACAAAAGUCAGAACACAGCAUCUCCGAACCUUCGGAUAAAACACCUUCCGAUAAAAUGCAAGAGAAAAAGAAUACUCCUCCUCCUCCACCACCAAAACCCUCUCACCUUUCCUCAAAAAUGUCCUUUCAAGUUGUAGCUCACUCACCCAUUUCUCCCAUAACCUCCUCUGUAAACCUGAUACCCCCCAGAAGUCCAUCAUGUAGCCUGUUAGAAAAUUCUUCAGCUGAUUUAUCUUCUUCUCAAGAGCCUGCAGAACCUUUACCUGAUCCAAAGACAUGUGAGAUCAAACUUGGAAGAGAGACAACUGUGGAAAUAACAAAGGAAAAAAUGGGACUUGGUUUGAGUAUUGUUGGUGGCUCAGAUACACCCUUGGGUGCUAUAAUCAUACAUGAAGUUUAUCCUGAGGGUGCUGCGGCAUUAGAUGGUCGUCUCAAGCCUGGAGACCAGAUUCACCAGGUUAAUGGUGAAGAUUUAAGAGAUGCCACCCACGAACAAGCCAUCACAGCAUUAAGACAGACAUCAUCAGUGGUCAAGAUGGUUGUUUAUAGAGAAGAAACCACAAGUUCAGAAGAAGACCUCAUGGACAUCAUGGAUAUAGAACUGUUUAAGAAAUCUACUCGAGGAUUGGGACUGAGUAUUGUUGGAAGAAAGAAUGGCCCAGGUGUCUUUAUUUCAGAAGUAGUGAAGGGUGGUGCUGCUGAAGCUGAUGGCCGACUGAUUCAAGGUGACCAGAUACUAGAAGUAAAUGGUCAAGACCUGAGAAAUAGUACCCAGGAGUAUGCAGCCACUCUUCUUAAGACAACAGUAGGGAAAGUUAACAUGAAAAUUGGGAGAUUAAAGCCAGGAUCACGAAGAACUGAUACUUGCAAUCAAUCAAAAGAAAGCGAUUCAUCAGAACCCCCACCUGAAUACAAGACAAUAGUACUACAUCGAGGACCAGAGGGUUUAGGCUUUAGUGUAGUUGGUGGCUUUGGUAGCCCACAUGGAGACCUACCCAUUUUCAUCAAGACUGUUUUUGAGAAGGGAGCAGCAGCAGAAGAUGGGCAGCUAAAACGAGGGGACCAAAUUCUUGCAGUGAAUGACCAGAGCCUUGAUGGUGUCACACAUGAGGAAGCUGUAGAGAUCUUAAAAAAUACAAAAGGAGUUGUGACACUUACAGUUUUAUCAUAACCAGUCACUAGAGGACAGUGUUCCAUACAUGUCAGCAUACCCUAACCUUCUGGCCAGUACAAGGGACCUCUGGUCAAGUAAACAUUUUAUUAUCAAAACUGCUUGUUCAUUUUUACAUUAGUUUAGAACUAGACUGUUUUAAACUUUUUGCCACUCAGUAGAGGUGACUCCUUGUCAAGCUCUCAGACCAUGGAAUCUUUUGUCUGUAGUUUGGAAAUUAUUUCUAAGUAAAGUUGAUUAUCAUUAUAAGUGACCAUUGGUCAGGCAGCCUAGAAAUCAUAGAAAUUGUUACAAGUAGUUGACUUUUAUCAGCAUUCACAUUCCAUUUUCUGUGUAUGGAAGCAGAACAUGUUUUUGACACAUCACAUAAGGCCCAUUCUUAGUGGGCUUGCAGCUAAUCUUAUCUAUGCAGAAUUUUAGCCAGUUGAACCUCACCCUUAUAUAUAUAUAUAUAUAUAUCACAACAUCACAGGUUAAUAAUUUUCUCAGUUUACCUUUUCAUCUUAUUCUAGAGGCUGUUGUAAUUAAAAUCAAGUCAUAGGUAAUUUUAGAUUUUAGAAUAUAAAUUUACUCACGAUGUUUCUCCUGUCUUUGUAUGAAUAACUAAUUGUUUUAAAACUAUCCUCUUCAUUAGCUACUCUUUUUAUCAGUAUAAUUGUACAAUAAGAUUUAAGGAAGCCAUACGAGCUAAUUCUUCAAUUGUAACUGUUUUCUGUUAUUUCCUCCUCUUUAGUGUUUAUAUCAUAAGAAUAAGCAACACCUUUUAUAUUUUAUCUAGGAAUAACUUGUUUCAGCACCAGGAAAGCCUUGUUUUAGCAGUAAUAGUGUUUACUACAUACUAAAUGGAUUCAGUAGAGUUUACUGACCUUCUCUGAACUAGAAAAAUUUAUAUGUUGUUAAGUUACUAUACUAGUUGAUACUGAAAUGGUAAAACAAAUUGUUCUAAAACAAAAGUUAGACAUUUUUGUCAUAUUUCUCUUAUUAGAAAAGACUGUAUUAGUUUUGCUUGACAGUAGUUGAUACUGUAGCAGCUAAACAAAAUACUUUUAUCUAUAUCAGCAAAAGAUAAUUUUCCAAAUUAAUAAUCAAAAUGUCAUUGAAAAGAGGAGAAAUUGUAGGCAUUGUUGGUAUUUUAAAAAUGUUACUUUAAGAGUUUUAUAUCGAUGAUCACUCUCCAGUUUUUUGAGUAAAUAUGGAUUAAAAUCAGCCAAGAUAUAAAAUUAAAAUCAUGGUUACAUUUUUCAUUAAAGAUCAUAUUUUUUUUAUUUUCAAAAAAGUAACCACGAAAUAUGAGGUUUUCCAAUGAGUAGCUAAGAAGAUGAAACAAGAAGAAUGUGUAUUGUAAAACCCUCUUCAAACAAUUUUGUGUGCCCCCCCACACACACAUUUUGUGCUUGAUUUCCUUUCUUCAUUCUCGAGUGAAUUAAUUUAUGGAAAAGUAUUAGUGUAUCAUAAGAAUAUGGAAACAUGCCUACACAAAAGCAUAUUGGAUACGGGUAUGAUUCUUAAUAAACUCCUAUUCAAUUGCUACAUUUGUUAAAAAGAAAAUUCUGUAAUAAGUUUUAAGUUGAUUCAUAAGAAUGCAGAAUACUUUCUUCAAUAUAAAAACAUGUUGAAAUGUUUUUACCAUAAUAGGAUGGCUGUAGUUUGUGUACAGUGUUUGUUUCAUCCAUUUAAAAAGGAUGUAUUGCCACUUCUUUUAUGUAGCAGUUAUACACUGCAUGAAACACAUUUAUUUCUAUUUAGAUAAACUGUUUAAUAUUUAUUAGUACAGUGAUAGAAAGUAGUUUAAGCACCUUACUUUUAACAUGAAGAUUAAUAUUCAACUUUUAAUAUUAUUGUAAUGUUUUUGCAUGUUUAAUCAUAAGCAACAAAAGAAUGUAUUAAAAUAACUUGCUAACAAUCAUAUAAUACACUAUUUUAAUGUAUCUUUGGAAAGAAAAGAACACACUACAUUCAGUUUUUGUCUAUGUAUACAUGUAUUCUUAAAAAAACUUCGAUGCUGAGUGCAUUAUCUCAGUUAGCUGACUGGACAACUAGUGAUUUAUGUACAUUGUAUUAAAAUUACUACUGUGGUUUUUAAAAAGUUCUGCCUGAAAUCUUUGUAACAUUUUCCCGUCAAUCGGGGUAUUAUUUUUCAUUUUCAUGGAGAUAUAUAUUUACUUCAAUUAACUCUUGAGUUCUUUUGUUACUGAAAAAAAAAAAAGGCAUGCAUUACUCAGUUUAGUAACAGGCUGAAUCAAAAUCAUUCUGACUAAAAAAUUGUGUGAAAUUUGUGUAAAAUCACAAGGUCACAUGUUGUGGAUUUAAUAAUAUUUGGACUCUAUGCUUAUUUCUUAACACUUUGUAUCUGAUUUACAAAUAAUGAAAAUAAUUUUAUUAAAUAUACUUUUACAAUGUCCUGUAAAUGCAGUACUGCUGAAUUAACCUGUGAAAUGUUCAAGAAUAUAUGCAUGUGAGGUUCAUUUUCAGAGUUUGAGUUGACUUAAAUAUUUCCCUGAUAUUCUUUUCACUGACACAUUUAACAGCUUCUGUUGAAGAGUUGUUCCAUUCAGUCAUUUUAGGAUGUGUUACAUUAGAGGUUGUGUUGGUGUAAAUAAUAUUUAAAGCAGCUUAAUAACCAGAACCUUUCAAUAGCGCAUAUACUUACUUUUAUUACAGCUGUUAUGAUAUGAACUGCUUAUGGUGUUCAAACCAAACCUCAGGAAAAUCACUGAAAUUUCGAGUAACUAUAACAUGUCCCUAGAUGGGUUAAAAAAAUAUUUAAAUAUUGUUAGGAAUUUGUCAGUUAUUUGUGCCAAAUGACCGUAAACACUUGUAAAAGUAGCAGUUACAAAAUUAAUUCUUGUUUAUUCAUUUAUCUACUAUAGUUCAAUAUUGUUUAUGUAAACACUUGUAAAAGUAGCAGUUACAAAAUUAAUUCUUGUUUAUUCAUUUAUCUACUAUAGUUCAAUAUUGUUUAUGUAAACACUUGUAAAAGUAGCAGUUACAAAAUUAAUUCUUGUUUAUUCAUUUAUCUACUAUAGUUCAAUAUUGUUUAUGUAAACACUUG